UGUAUUGAGCACGUAGUUGCAGCCUUCAAACAAUGUGUAACUGAAUUUACUUUAUGUCUAAGAGUAUAUUUUUCUGAAUAUUCCAGGGUCAGAUAGUAGACAUUCCUUCCCGAAGUAAAGAUGUCCGCCAAGCGUAGAGGGCUUUGGGUAACUGGAAGUUAGCGUCAACACGAGCAACAAGGUUCGCAGCCGGAGUAACGAUGUUGCUUCUUUUUGGGGGGCGGGCGGAUCUUAUCCAGCUGCGAAUCGCAGAGCAUUAUUGGCUGUCCCCGGUAGGACCCAAUCAGAAAGGAGGAAAGACUAAGAACUAUUGGCUGCUGGCGUGGACCAAUCGGAAGAGCUGUGAUUUGGCGGGAGUCUUGAGGACCUCCGGGCUGUCGGUGUCUCAGCGCCAGCUCUAGGUAUCCGGCCGCUGUGGCUAUGUUCGUGACCGAUUUCCGCAAGGAGUUCUACGAGCUAGUCCACAGCCAGAGGGUCCUUCUCUUUGUGGCCUCGGACGUGGAUGCCUUGUGUGCUUGCAAGAUCCUUCAGGCCCUGUUUCAAUGUGACCACGUACAGUACACGCUGGUUCCAGUCUCUGGGUGGCAAGAACUUGAAACUGCGUUUCUUGAACAUAAAGAGCAAUUCUCCUAUUUCAUCCUCAUAAACUGUGGCGCUAACGUGGACCUGUUGGAUAUCCUUCAGCCUGACGAAGACAGUAUAUUUUUUGUGUGUGACACCCACAGGCCAGUGAACGUUGUGAAUGUGUAUAAUGACACUCAGAUCAAAUUGCUUAUUAAGCAAGAGGAUGACCUCGAAGUUCCUGCCUAUGAUGACAUCUUUAGAGAUGAAGCAGAGGAUGAGGAAGAUCUUUCAGAAAAUGACGAUAGUGGGGCAGAGCCUUCAGAGAAGCGCUUACGGUUAGAAGGGUUAGAAGAGGAGAUAGUGGAGCGAAACAGGAAGAGGAGGCAGCGCAGGGAGUGGGAGGCCCGGAGGAAAGACAUCCUCUUCGACUACGAGCAGUAUGAAUAUUAUGGGACAUCGUCAGCCAUGGUGAUGUUUGACCUGGCUUGGAUGAUCAAGGACCUGAAUGACAUGCUGUGGUGGGCCAUUGUUGGGUUGACAGACCAGUGGCUGCACGACAAGAUCACUCAAAUGAAGUAUGUGACUGAUGUUGGCGUCCUGCAGCGUCAUGUGUCCCGGCAUAACCACCGAAACGAGGCGGAGGAGAAUAUGCUCUCUGUGGACUGCACCCGGAUCUCCUUUGAGUACGACCUCUGCCUGGUACUGUACCAGCACUGGUCCCUCCAUGAGAGCCUGUACAACACCAGCUACACUGCAGCCAGGUUCAAGCUCUGGUCUGUGCAUGGGCAGAAGCGACUCCAGGAGUUCCUUGCAGACAUGGGGCUCCCCCUGAAGCAAGUGAAACAGAAAUUUCAGUCCAUGGACGUUUCCCUGAAGGAGAAUCUUCGAGAAAUGAUUGAAGAAUCUGCAAAUAAGUUUGGGAUGAAGGAUAUUCGUGUGCAGACUUUCAGCAUUCAGUUUGGGUUCAGGCAUAAAUUCCUGGCCAGCGACGUCGUCUUUGCCACCAUGUCUCUAAUGGAGAGGCCCGAGAAGGAUGGCUCAGGGACAGACCACUUCAUCCAAGCUCUCGAUAGCCUCUCCAGGAGUAACCUGGACAAGCUGUACCUUGGUCUAGAGCUCGCCAAGAAGCACCUCCAAGCCACCCAGCAGACCAUCGCCAGCUGUCUCUGUACCAACCUCGUCACCUCCCAGGGCCCUUUUCUCUACUGCUCACUCAUGGAGGGCACUCCAGAUGUCGCACUGUUCUCCAAGCCAGCAUCCUUGAGUCUGCUCAGCAGGCAUCUGCUCAAGUCCUUUGUGUACUCGACGAAGAAUCGACGCUGCAAACUGCUGCCCCUGGUGAUGGCUGCCCCACUGAGCAUGGAGCAGGGCACAGUGACUGUGGUGGGCAUCCCUCCAGAGACUGAUAGCUCGGAUAGAAAGAACUUUUUUGGUCGGGCAUUUGAGAAGGCAGCAGAAAGCACCAGCUCCCGGACUCUACACAACUACUUUGACCUCUCAGUAAUUGAGCUGAAAGCUGAGGACCGGAGCAAGUUCCUGGAUGCUCUUGUGUCACUGCUGUCCUGAGGAAUUUGAUUUCUCCAGAAGUGACCUCCUCCUCCUCCUUAUUUAUAUCACCUGGCCGCUGUUCACUUGUAAGAUAACAUUUGAAAUGUGAGACUGGUUUUUAAUAAAAUUUUGGUGUUCAA